AUGAUUCUGUUUUCUGUUAGCCCAGUUUCAAUAUGGGUAUUCGUCAUUUAUGCGGUGACUAUCAUCAUUGCAAUCUAUCGGCUAUUCUUCCAUCCAUACGCCAAGUAUCCCGGCCCCUUCCUUGCCAAGCUGACAAGCUGGUACUCAAUCUAUCACACCUAUUAUGGGGACCUGCAUAUUGAUAUAUGGGAGUGCCAUAAUAAAUAUGAAUUAGGAAAUUACGUUCGAUAUGGACCCAACAGAAUUCUGGUAAACACUUCCGAGGGUCUCAACGCAAUAUACAGUCAAGGCAAAAACACGCAAAAGGCAAAAGCAUACCGGAAAGUGUCGCUGGUGCCGGGCGUCCAUCCCACCUUCAGCAUGAUUGACAACCAGGGCCACGCAAAGCUACGGCGACUCGUUGGCCAGGGACUCUCGAAUGCUCACAUUCGGAUGUACGACCAAGAGCUUAGACAGAGUGCUCUGUUGUUUGCGUCACGGCUUGGCGAAGAAAUCGACCGCUUCGAGCCCAACCAGCCUCACGGUAACCACGACGGAUGGACUUCCCCAAAGAAUGUCGCUUCUUGGAGUAACUACUUUACGUUCGACGUCAUGUCUCAUCUGGUGUAUGGCACCUCGUAUGACUUACUCACAGACUCGGAGAAUCACUGGGUCAUCGAAGGUGUACUUGGCCAAAUGCGUCGCAUUAGCUUUCUCACGAUGCUCCCAGAGCUGGAGGACAUGAGAUUCGACCGAAUUUUGUUCCCAGACGCGCGUCGCAAGGCUUACAGAUUCUCUGCGAAGAGCAGGGAGAUUUUGGAGGCACGGAAGAGUAAGAGUGAAGAGAUGAGACAUCAGGAUGCCAAGGUCGACGUCUUUUUGAGACUCCUUUCAGCAAAAGAUCCCGAGACCGGUGAAAGUCUCUCAGAUAAGCAACUAUGGGCUGAGAGCAACUUGUUGAUUAUUGCAGGAUCUGACACAUCGUCUACCGGCCUCGCAGCCAGUUUCUUCUACUUGUCACGCAACCCAUCAGCCUAUGACCGAGUCAAGCAAGAGGUCAGGUCUGCGCUCACUACCUCGGAAGAUAUCUCCCAGGGCCCAAAGCUCCUUUCUUGCACAUAUCUGCGUGCCUGUGUCCUAGAAUCACUACGUCUCAGUCCACCUCUUGGUGGUGCCAUGUGGCGCCAGACAAUGCCUGGAGGCCUUUUCAUUGCUGGAUCGGACCAUGACUUCCAUAUACCUGGUGGCUGUGAGGUCGGUACAGGAGUAUAUGCUAUACACCACAACGAGGAGUACUAUCCAGAGCCAUUCAGGUUUCGUCCCGAGCGCUGGCUGCCGCAGGAGGUUGGGGAUGAGGCUGUGGCUAAGGCCCAAAGCGCAUUUCAGGCUUUUUCCCUCGGGCCACGCAGUUGUCCAGGCAAAAACCUGGCAAUGUUGGAAAUCCCAUUUGCUCUUGCUGCGGUGAUGAUGGAUUAUGACUUCCGAAAGGUCGAUUCGCCGCUUGGAGGUGUCGGUGAGGGAAAAGGCAAGUUUGUUGGUCAGUAUCAAACAUUCUGGGCCUUUACCAGCAUCAAAGAUGGGCCAUAUAUUCAAUUCAAGCGACGUGAGCCUUAA